UUUAAGCACUUGCCUCAGGCUGGAACCUUCAGGACUCGACCCCUCUGCCCAUCCGCAGACCGUGGCGCCCAUAGGGAGGACCUUCCUUACCCACUCGCCGCAGCUGCUCCGUCUGACGAAUUCCGGGUCACUCUUCCUCAAUAUUCUCCAAGAUGAGCUACCCAUGGGGCCGCACGCAGCUCAUCAACGACCUCGCCUCGCACACCAUCAACGAGUACUACGACCCCGCCGCCAGCAAUGUGCGGAUCCCACAUGAGGGCUACAUGAUACCCGUGACCCCGGAGAGGCGUCUCACGAGCUCCCCGACCGGCGGCGUCCGAGCCCGCUACCUCGCCAAGAACGCGACCUCCAGACGACCGCCCCCGUGGCCCUACACGAUGACCGCCGGCUUGGCCGAACCGCCCCUCGCCCCCACCGACAGCAAUCCCACCACCGCCAACCCCGUCACAGCCGCAGCCGCAGUCUCCCGCGCGGACCUCACCUUCCUCGUCCAGCAGGACGCCCACCCUAGCCACGCAAUCGACAUGUCGACCCUCAUCUCGGCGCACGCCUCCCGGCCGGGCGAGCACAUCCUCCGCAUCGACACCAGCACGGGCCAACUGUACGCCUGCAUCCCGGCGGCGCCGGCACCACCACGUCCUCUUCUAUCCCAACACCGACACCGACAACAGAAACAGCCGCAGCAGCAGAAAUCCCGUGACCACCGCCGCGGCAGGAACAGGUGCGACCACUGCGCGUCCCCGCCAACACGGAUCCUGCACGCGCGCCGCCUGUGCGGCUUCCACGCCGUGUACGUGGCCACGGGCCGGUACGUGACGCGGUACGAGGCGGCGGCGCUGGCGGAGCUGGAUGACGCCGAGCUGGGGCCGGGGUACGGGUGGUCGGUUGAGGAGACGGCCGAGUUUGUGGAGGCGCUGGGGAGGAGGAUGGAGCAUUUAUUGCUUGUUAUGGGGUCUGAGGAGGAAGGGGGAAAGGAGGAGGAGGGGGCGGAGCUGGGGGCGGGCAGUCCCGGUCGGUGGGGUGCCGUUGGGGAUGGGCGGUUGGUUAAGGGGAAGGGGGAGGAGGUCGGGUUGAGGAUGGAGAGCCGUGUCAGCGAGCGCUCGGCGCGGGGGAUGGGCCCGCGCAUCUACCAGGUGUAUCUGGAGGGUCUGAAGGGGGCCAAGUGGUGAGGGCGGGCCGACAGAACUUGCCCGACUCGUGCCGCCAGAGCUGUCUUGCUUCCGCCGCGAAGACGGGAAACGACAAGCGGUCCACGGGCGAACGGGGAGGGAGCCGGCCGGUAAUACCUACCUACGGAUCCGGUAUAGCUCUUGCU